AUGGCUUCGACCGACUCCGACAAUGUCGGGGACCUCUCGCACCAGUCCCUCCUCAUCCUGAUCUGGGUUUCCUUCUCGGCCGCCUUCUUCCUCGUCGCUCUGCGCACCGUCAUCCGCAUCCGCUCCCCCGCGACCCGCCAGGUGGCCCCCCUGGAAGACUGCUGGAUCUUCUUGGCCCUCGCCGCACUGCUAGCCCUAUGCAUCCUCGAGACCAUCCAACUGCCCAGCCAAUACUACAUUACGGGCGUGUUGUCCGGCGCCAUCCCGCCCAAAUCAUUCAAGACCGUCAUCGCCCACACCGAACGCUACCUGCUGUUCCAGUUCCCCAUCGUCAUCCUCUUCUGGACCGUACUGUGGUCCGUCAAGGCCGCCUUCCUCGCCCUGUACUGGCGCCUGUUCCGCGACCUGACAUGGUACCGCCGCUUCUGGUUUGUCCUGGCCGUCUUCACCUUCCUCGCCUACGGGGGCUGCGUGACCACCCUCGUGCUGUCGUGCGGGCCUGAUGUCAGGAACUUCUUCGCCUUCAACAAGUGCGCGGGGCCUCAGAGUGUGUGGUCCAGCAACUUCAGCGUCUACUUCAGCACUGCCGUCGAUGUCUUUACCGACCUGUGCAUCAUGGCCAUGCCGCUGCGCCUCAUCUACAACGUCAAGGUGUCGCUGAAGCAGAAGCUUGGGCUGCGGUUUCUCGUCGGCACACUUCCCGCCCUCAAAGUCCUCAUCACCACUACCGUCCGGGCCUCCGAAAACCGCUCCGGCGACGGCUCCCGGGGCACCCAAAGGAAGAACUCCAUCUUCACCCACAAGAGCGUAAAAAGCGCAAAGAGCGUGGCCCUCGGCUCGCUCAAGAGAGACAGUCACAACCCCAGGUCGGUAACCGGUUCGAAUACGGACGCGACUGAGUCGCAGGAGGAGAUCCUGGUGCAGCGAGACGUGACCGUUUCCUACACCCCAGUCCCUCGUCCGUCCCCCACCCGCUACCACCAGAGAUACCAGGAGCCGUAG